AUGGGAUCAGGUGAAGGAUACUUUGAAAGUUUGUCAUUUCCGCUGGUCGGAGUUUUGACUUGUGUUAGCAUGUAUUUUAUCAGACGCUACUUAAAAGGAGCUCAGUUUGUUGAAAGUGUGAAAGCGAGAGGAAAGAUAGCAAUGGUUACUGGAGCAAGUGCUGGGAUAGGGAAACAGACUGCCCGAGAGCUUAAUCUUCGUGGUGCUACCGUUUACAUGCUGUGUAGAAAUCGUGAACGAGCGGAGAAUGCGAGGAUUGAGCUGACGAAACUUGGAUGUGAUCCAACAAGACUAAUUGUAAAAGAUGUAGACUUAUCAAGGCUUGCCACAAUAAGGAAAUUCGCUAAUGAAAUAAAAGAUGAAGUAGAUAAAGUAGAUAUACUCGUAAACAAUGCAGGCAUAAUGUUUUAUCCAAAAUUCGAAUUAACAGAAGAUGGUAACGAAAUUACAUGGCAGACAAAUUAUCUUGGUCAUUUUUUGUUAACCGAACUCUUACUUCCAUUGAUUAAAAAAUCAACAAAUGGGAGAAUUAUCAACGUUUCUAGUUCACUUCAUAAAAAGGCUGAUAGCGUCGAUAUUGCUGUAGUCAAUAACAAGUCAUAUUUUAAUAGAUCCAUGCCUUACUGCAGAUCAAAAUUGGCUCAAAUAAUGCAUGCUCGUGAAGUUACAAAACGACUUAGGAUGAAAGACCCCGACAUCGCCGUGACGAUAAAUUCAGUUCAUCCAGGAGUUUGUUUCACUGAACUCAUGCGUUAUACCAUGUUUAGUCAGAAAUAUAUUUUGCAAAUGAUUACACCCAUUCUGUGGUUUUUCAUGAAAACGGAGAAGGACGGUGCUCAAACAACAUUAUAUGCAGCAUUGAGUAGAAGUGUUGAAAGUAUUUCGGGCAAAUAUUUCGGAGAGUGCAAACUAAGCACCCCUUCAUUGGAUGCACUGGACGAUAACAAUUGUAGUUUCCUUUAUGAACAAAGUCUGAAAGCGGUCGAUUAUUCGGGAUGA